CUCCCCCUUCCCUCCGUUCUCUCGUUGGUUUCGUCCCGUGCGGGCCAUAGCGACGGCAGGCGCGCUGAGGGAAGAUGGCGGCUCCGGCCUCUACACCGCUGCCGGCUUAGUGAGCGUGGCGCUCGCCUUUUUCUCCCUUCCCCUCCUUGCUCCUGCAUCCCGUCCCUCCCGGCUGCCCUCCGCCUCUUCUCCUUCCCCGCCGGGGGCGUAGAGAUCAUGUCGGACUCGGAGGAGGAGGAGGGUCCGGACCGCCAGCUCAAGCUAGUGGUGCUGGGGGACGGCACCACUGGCAAGACAUCCUUAGCUAUGCGUUUUGCCCAAGAAACGUUUGGAAAGCAGUAUAAACAAACCAUGGGACUGGACUUCUUCUUGAAAAGGAUAAUCUUGCCAGGAAAUUUGAAUGUUACUCUUCAAGUGUGGGAUGUAGGGGGACAAACAAUAGGAGGCAAAAUGCUGGAUAAAUAUAUUUAUGGAGCUCAGGGUAUUCUCCUGGUUUAUGAUAUUACCAAUGGGCAGAGCUUUGAAAAUUUAGAAGACUGGUAUAAUGUGGUGAAAAAGGUGAAUGAAGAUUCAGAAACACAGCCACUUGUGGCUUUGGUUGGAAAUAAAGUUGACUUGGAGCAUAUGCGCACAGUGAAAGUUGACAAGCACCAGCGGUUGUGUCAGGAAAACAAUUUCAGUAGCCACUUUGUGUCGGCCAAGACAGGAGAUUCUGUCUUUCUGUGUUUUCAGAGAAUUGCUGCUGACAUACUUGGCAUCAAAUUAAACAAAGCAGAGUUGGAACAGUCACAGCAGAAUCAGAAAAUGGAAGGUGAUCAUGUGCCUUGGCCACAUCAGGGUGAAGUUGAGCAGCUUAGCUUAAACUGCUGCCGAAAGUUGUUUUUAAGCGAAGCUGCCAGACUUUGUGCUGAAGCGGAUGAGGUACAAGCACACGUUACAUUCCACCAGCUCUCCUUUGGCAGCAGUGAUCUCCAGCGGAGGAAUAGCACAGACAUUUGGGGGUGAGGGUGGUGAAGGCAGAUAUUGUCAACUACAGUCAGGAGCCUGUGACAAGAACCGUUAAUCCUCCUAGAAGCUCAAUGUGUGCAGUUCAAUGACCAGACUCGUCUCUGUUUUGAUACCUUUGGUGGUCCUCUUACCUUGACACAGGCUCCGGGAUUACCAGGAACUUUGUUUUAACAGUGACCAUCUCAACAAUGCAACUAGAGGUUUCAAAAAGGUGUUGUAUGUUGAGAGCAGCAGGCAGUUUUUUGACUGACCAAAAUUCAAACGUGUGACCACACACUUUGAAAAUUAAGCUCUCUACUCUUUUAAAUCAUAUUUGAAUAAAGCAGUAUAACUGUGUUUAUAUGUUUUGUUCUCUCUAUUUGUCUGACACCAGAAUAAAAAUGGAUUAAGAAGUCCUGCAUUCAAAGACAUCAUCAUGGAAGGGUAUUUUGCCAAAAAUUUUAAAUUUUAAAAAUUUUUCUUCUGUGAUCUGAACUACCACUCAGCAAAAUGUAACUCAGAAAAGCUAUUGCUGGAAUAAUGUUAAGCACGUAGUAUAUUUUAUCUAGGGAUAAUUUGGGAAGUAUUCCAUUAGUAUAUAUAUAUAUAUAUACACACAUAGUCACACAUAGUGCAAAAUGUAUAAAUUGUAUCCAGUAAGAAACAGUGCUUGAAAUAAAGCUGUAAUAUAAAACUA